AUGGCUCAACCGGACAAGUAUACCAAUUUGCGUGCCCCAAAAAGCACCCUGUCGCCGCAUGCAGCCGUGUUCGUACCGCAUAUCCCGUACAACCAGUACUUGGCACUUCAUAACAAUCCGCUCCCGUUACCUGGACCUCAGGCGUCACAAUUGCAUCAACGGUUAGCGAUGGCACAGGUUGGCGAACAGACGUAUGACUACAGACAAAUACCGGUCCAUCUCGCCGAAACCGGUAACCAAUCGUCAUUGCAGAAUCGGUUAAGCAAUAUGCAGAUUGCGGACACUGCUGAUAAUGGGAAGGAGUUCAAUCAUCAUCACCAGCAGCAGCAGCAGCAGCAGCAGCAUCAUCAUCACAACCAGCAGUCCAUGCAUAAUGCGGUCCAUCAGCACCAUCAGCAGCAUCGUGGCCAGCAGCAUCCUGGUGGCCACCAUGGUUAUCACCAUCAGCAUCAGCCGUAUACGUAUGAGGUCGGAUACCCGAACAACCACUACGUACAGCAGGGAGGAGGAGGUACAGGCAUGGGUGGUGAUCACCGAAAGUACAACAAUGGUGGCCAGCAGCAUCAGCAACCAUACCAGCACCAUCGCUCCCGGCAGCAGCACCAUCAUCACCAUCAGCAGCCGCACCAGCAACGUCAUCAGCAUCAGCAGCAGCAACAGUAUGGUGGCAAUCAUCAUCACGACUAUAUGGAUGGUGGAGGGCCUGCCAGUUACAAUGCGGUGCCUACCUACUGGGAUUCCAAUUUUCAGGAAGCCCCCGAACAGAUAUCGCACCGACAAACGGAAGUAAUGGACUAUCUGACGGAGGUGAUUGCCGAACUGUUAGACAACCCGGGGAUGUUCGACGAGGUCCAGAAGCAGCUGCCGGGCAAGUUGGGUGAAUUGCGCCAAGAUGAUUUUGUGCUGAGCAGCACGAUCGAGAUGAUUUUCGAGCAGUCCAUCAGGGAAUCCAACUUCCGCUACAUGGGUGCGCGUAUGUGCCAACUGCUGGACACGUUGGACUGUGGGCCAGACAUAUCCGUGCGACGACUGUUGCAGCUCAAGAUGGAGGACCAGAACUGUGAGCUGCAGCAGUUUAUGUCGAAGGAGCAGGUGAAGGUACGCGGCGCCACACUCUUCCUAGCGGAACUGUACAUGCAGCUGCGAAAUCCGCAGGAUCCUUUCGAUAAGAUUAUUCCGGAGCACAUCAUUAGCGCGAUCGAGAUUUUGCUAAGCAAGGAAGGACCGGAAAACAUCAAAUGUGUUUGCCAAUGUUUAAAGCUCUGUGGGUACGAACUGGAACAAGACUGCCGUGAAAAGUUGGAAUCGAUCCUGAAGAAGCUGCAGAGUCUGACAGCGAUACAAUCCUCGUCGGAAGCGAUGAUAAAGUCGGUGAUCGAACUGCGCAAGAAUUCUUGGGGCCGUAGUGAGGAGAUCGCUCCCGCAGCCGUAGCGCCCGGUCCCGAGUAUCAACACGAACCGGUGUUUUACGGUCCCGAUGGCAAAAUGUUGACGGAGGAGGAAAGUUCCUUCCUGGCGACUAACAUUGAAGCCACCGGCGGGCAAAAUGCCCACAGCAGUUACGACGAUGAUGAUGAGUACGGCAUUGUCGAUGACGAUCAGGAGGUGCAGGAAGCGUAUGCGGAAUUCUUACAACACAGCAAUGCCCAAAACCGGCAGCAGCGACCAGCAGUGCGAAACCGGCCUGACGCAUAA